AUGGUCGAUCUCACGAUGCUAGCGCCAGGGCCAGCGGGCACCACCAUGCUCGGGGAGAGCAAUAUUGAAGCUGCCGCUCGACGCGGACUGGCAAAGCAGCACGACAUUGCCUCGAACGACACCAAGGCCGACAACUCCGACGCCACGAUCCCCGCAUAUAAGUCUUCUAUGGGAGACAAAUCGCAAAAGACCCCACACAGUCUGAAUGAUCAGAGCAAGAGAAAUGGACAAGCUCUGUCUCAAGCAGAGGCCAAGGGUUCAUCGAGUUCGAAGCCUAGUCAAGUGCCGAUCUCACCCAAGAGUGAGCUCCGCGGUAAAUGGCAACGCAUUCGCAGACGACUUCAUGCUUGA